CAGUUCUGAUGAUGAUGGGGAAGAUGAUGUUGGUUUCUGCUGCCCCUCCUAUUGCCAUUGUCUUUUGAGGAUUCAAUGCUGCUUGUGCUUGGUUUUCAGUGGAUCUGGUUUUCAGUGGAACCCGACUCUAUCUACACCUUACACAUAAGACACUUUUUUGUAAAAUGAUUUUUUUUUAAAUUUAAAUUUUAAUAUAUGAAAUCACAAACUCCUCACCUCACAAAAGAAAAGAUCAUUUAAAAAAUAUGAGUUAGUUAAUGUUCAACAUUUUCUUAAUGAAUCAGUAUCCAUUGAGGAGAAAGAUGAUAACGACAGCAAUAAUCAACCGGUGGGAGUCUUAAUUUCAAUUGGGUUGCAUGUAUAUUACCUCACCCAGGACGGUCACCCAGCACCAUCGCAUAUUGUAACCUGAGCGUUGAAUUUCCUUUUUAGAGUCCUUCACUUGUGCCAAGAGCGCCAGUCAGAAGAAAGCACACGCUGAGAUGCUCGCGCCUCGCCACUGUGAGUCUUUAACAAAGUGCAGAAACCCACCAGGCAGUCACAAUCCUAGGAGGAACUCCGCGAAACGGGAGGCAGUUAGAUGCACUUGGAUUACCGGUUGGUGAAGUGUCACAGAGUUAACCGCGAACAGACUGGCGCGUUAUCACCGCAAAACGUAAACCACGCGUCAGUCAUAAAAAAUUGCUUUCAUAGCUGCAAUGAAAUCAACAAUGGCAAUUGUCGCACUUGAUUGAUAUUAUUAUUAUUUGAUUUUCGAGUGGAUAUUCCUUUUCCGGUUGAAAAAAAUAUUGUAAAUGUACAUUUGGUUGAGUUAAAUAGAAUCACGGACGAUGGAAGUCAGUCUCAGAAUAAGCUUUCUGUCUACAUAGGCUGCACCACCGGGCUCUUCUGAAAUACAUCACUAUUGGACUCCUUACAGAAUUGUAAUCUUUCAACCCAUUUUUUAGCAAGACUUGGCUGGAACCAGACAGUAUGGGGUUAAAAAGCUCCUACUGGCUUUUGAUAUCUUUCAUGAUGAGCGGAACUGUUGCCGGGGAGUCCAGCUCUGAGCCUGCUAGCCCAGACACAUCUCUCAGGCCUGUCCUGACCAUAAUGGAGGACGAGAGGCAGACCAUGACCGAGGGUCAAUACAAAUGUCUUGAGCUGUUCAGCCGAGACCAGCAGCACAACAUCACAGGUGUGUUCUGUAGUCGUAUGUGGGAUGGCUUGUUAUGUUGGGACGAGACUCCGGUGGGGACCUACGCCACACAGAACUGCCCAUACUACCCCGGCCUGGACACCACUGGAAAAGUGUCAAAAUAUUGUGAUGAAUCUGGUAAUUGGGUCCAAAGUCCCUUCAUUAAUAAGACCUGGUCCAAAUGUCUGACGUUCUCCAAGGAAAAGUUAAAGAAGGUGACUCCCCAUGGUCUGCUAGAGCCAGGGUCUGUGGAGCCCACUGUGGAGACUCCAGUCAGCCAGAAGGUGACUCCUCAUGGUCUGCUAGAGCCCACUGUGGAGACUCCAGUCAGCCCCAGGGUCAGUCAGGAGGAGGAGGAGAGGAAGAAGAUCAUCGACGGUCAAUACAAAUGCUUUGAGAAGAUGAACAGAGACCAGCCGUAUAACAAAUCAGGGCUGUACUGUAACCGGACCUGGGAUGGCUGGCUGUGCUGGGAUGAUACACCAGCUGGGACAGUCACCUGGCAGAACUGCCCCAACUAUUUCCCUGACUUCGACUCCACAGAAAAAGCUACAAAGAUCUGUAGCGAAUCAGGACAGUGGUUCCGCCACCCAGACACCAAUAGGACGUGGUCCAACUACACCCUGUGUAACUUCCACACUACAGGCAAGCUGAAGAUGGCCUAUAUCCUGUACUACAUGGCGAUUGUUGGUCAUGCCUUCUCCAUAGCCUCCCUCCUGAUCUCUCUGGCCAUAUUUUUCUACUUCAGGAACCUGAGCUGCCAAAGGAUCACGCUUCAUAAGAACCUCUUUGUUUCCUAUGUCCUCAACUCCGCCCUAACCCUCAUCUACCUCAUAGCAGUGGUCAACAACCCAGAUGUAGUGGGAAGAAAUCCAGUUGGCUGUAAGGUGUUGCACUUCUUCCACAUGUACAUGCUGGGCUGUAACUACUUCUGGAUGCUGUGUGAGGGGAUCUACCUGCACACGCUCAUUGUGGUGGCUGUGUUCGCCGAGGAGCAGCACCUACACUGGUACUACCUCCUAGGCUGGGGGUUUCCCUUAGUGCCUGCAUCCAUUCACGCUGUGGCGAGGAAGAAGUAUUUUGAUGACAACUGCUGGAUGAGUGUUGAGACCCACCUGCUCUACGUGGUCCACGGUCCCAUCAUGGCAGCGCUGCUCGUAAAUCUGUUCUUCUUGCUAAACAUCGUGAGGGUGCUGGUUACUAAGCUGAGGGACACCCACCGGGCAGAGUCUAACAUGUACAUGAAGGCAGUGAGAGCUACCCUGAUCCUGGUCCCUCUCCUGGGCAUCCAGUUUGUCAUCUUCCCCUGGAGGCCAGAGAACCGCCUGGCGGGGGAGGUCUACGACUACAUCAUGCAUAUAUUAAUGCAUUACCAGGGGUUACUAGUGGCAACGAUAUUUUGCUUUUUCAAUGGCGAGGUCCAGGCGGCUCUGAAGCGACAAUGGAUUCAGUACAAGGCCCAGUGGGGUCAGAGACGGAGGGACCACUGCUCCAUGCGCUCUACCUCCUACACAGCCACAUCCAUCACUGAGGUGCCCGCCUUCAUGUACCACCACGACUGCAACAGCGAACACUUAAACGGCAGACACACCUCUGAGGACUCUGAGCUGGUGGCUCUUAAGACAGGGGAGACGUACGCCUGACAAGCGGGAGGCAGUCUGAGUGUCGGAGGAGAGUAGAAUUAAUAGAGGAACCAAGAUGGAGACGUUUCUCUAAUAUCCCGCCGCAGUUCCACAUUUCAUAGAUAGAACUGGUGGGUUCAGCCCCAGACUGUGAAGGAGAAGACAGUGUGUGUCUGGACAGUGAUAUCUCUCCCAUGAAUUGGCCAAUGAUGGCUGAUGCUUCAUUUACAUGACAUUGCUGCUGCUAUGGCUGCUUAUUAAAAACACUAAGAUAUACAGUACAUGAAACGGGAGCCGCGUUUGAAAUGUGGCGCGUCCUAAAGCUGCUAUCUGUGGGACUUAACACAUCAUGGGAAUGUUAAGGUUGUUGAUGAUGAUGAUGAUAAUUAGAAUGACUAUGAUGAUUAUUAUAAUGAUGAUGAAGAUGAUGAUGCUAAUGGUGAUGAUGAAACUGUAUUGUUGCUUUGCCUAUACCAAAGGGUGUGUGGGGUGGGCUGCCCGUAUGAGAGGCAUGCUCUGUGUGAACUGAAUCCAACACUGAAGAGAUCCCCUGAAGGUCACAUACUGUCGGACAGCACAGUGCAUGUGUGUUUGUCCAUGGCGACACGAGGUCAAUGGUUUAAAAGGCUCCCUGUGCCUAAGUUCUGGAAUCCUGUAAAUAAUGGUUUCCCACUUUCACUUUAAAAGUGUCAAAGUGUGUUUUAGAGGAUUUAAUUUUUUAUGACUAAAUGUUUUUUUUCCUUGCCAACGACUUGCUCUUUAAACACUUUCUGUCUGUUUCGUGAAGCUAGCGAGCUCCUCCAGACUGCUUACAGCUGCUGACUGUGCUAGCGGUGUGUUUGUCACACCGCUCAUUCUCUUGAGAAUAUUUUCAGUGAAAUAGUCUGUAUUUUGUUUGACGUGUCCAUUUGCCAAAAGGUCUAAUGUGAAGCUUCUAGGACUCCACAAUAAGCGUUAUUUGAUGUUUUGUGCUUAAAUGAAAGCCAUUCCAAUAUGGUGAAAUGAUUUUCUCUAUGUCAUAUCAGUUAUGAGUAGAGAGGGAGGAGAGAAGAAAAAACAGUAUGGUUACCUGCAAAAAUAAUCAUAAAAACAAUAACAAUAUACCCUUUUUAAAAGAAAAGUCUUGACAAUCUAGGCCUAUGGAAGAUGUUUCCAUGUAAAACCCUCGUUUCCCCAGGCAAUUAUCUAUAUUGAAAACAUAAUUACCUUGAAAUAGCAUCCUUCUAGUGUACAGAAUCUGUCAAAUGUGAAGAAAAUCAUUCUGAUUGAGGGCUAUUUGAAAGAUUCUGUUGUCAUUUUUCUUGUGUGAAUAAUACAGUGUAUUUUCAUUCACUGUUUAUUUUCAUACACCUAUAUUAUGCCCAUAGAUUAUUAUGCCCUUAGAUCCUAAAUGAAAGUCUUUGAGGCAUUUCAAUCAGGGGUCAAUUUAAUCAGUAGCGCAGAAUAUCUGAAUUGAGUAGUGUGGAAUCCCUUGCUCUUAGCCAAUCUGCUAGCCCAGGCUAAUUUCUAGGAGUGGGAUUUUGCUUUUAUGUCACAAAGGCUGUCCUAGGGAGUCAGGAAUGGAAACAGAAUCUCAAGAGAUAUCUUAAGUGGGGUUAUAACUAUUAUUUACCUUUUGUUUCUCAGAAAUCCUCAUCUCCACCUACUCUCAAAUGUAUUCCUUUGUAGGUUGCGCAACCAUAAGAUUCCUAAAUUAGACACAUGGAAAACCAAUCUAAACCAUUGAAAUACUGUUUUGUAUUGAGUAAAGAUGUGUGUGCGAGCGUGUGUGUGUGCGAGCGUGUGUGUGUGUGUGUUCAUGUUUAUCAGUGUGUAAAUGGAGCUAGUGAUGCAUGAGCCUUGGGGCCUUCUGAUGUUUAAAUUAUUCCCAUCUUCACAUUAAUGGUGUUUAAAGAUAGACAUCUGCUAUGAUUUAUCUCCAGGGGACUUUCAGAAACUAAGAACAGCUCUGAUCUGGAUAUAGUGGACACUUAGGAAAAAAGAGUUCCAUAAGGGUUCUUCUGCUGUCCCCAUAGAACCCUUUUUGGUUCCAUGUAGAGACCUUUUGGGUUCCAUGUAGAACCCUCAGUGGAAAGGUAUAACCCAAAACGUUUUUUUCAACAGGUUCUCUUAUGGGGACAGCCAAAGAACCCUUUUAGGUUCUAGAUAGCACCUUUAUUUCUAAGAGUAGAGCACUAUGCUAGAUAUAUACCAAGACUUUAGUAGGGUACCGAGGACAGCCGAGGGGAGUCAUUUAUAACACCUUUUUUAUCUAUAUUUAAUCCUAAAUUGUGCAUACAACGAAAUCCACAGCAACAAUAUGAUUUAUACAUCUCAAACAAUUUAUACAUGAGGCCUCAGGUGCCCAGACCCAUAGCAGACGAGUCUGGAUUUGAAUGCCUAAGACACAUCUUUCUUUGGGGACAAUCAAGCUUAUCUUACCUUAGACCCUGUCACACUUAUUGUGCCAAUCUAAUUUAUUUUACAGCUUCAAUUCCUAUUAGGCCAAGAUCAAAUAAAUCUUUACACUUAUGCCAAUGUUUAUACUGAAUCCAAUGUCUUUGCUGUUGUUGGGCCAUCAUGGAAGAGACAGAGACAAUCAGUUUGAAAUGGGAGAAGGCCAUUAGAUGAGGUCUCAAUAGGCUCUAUUCAAUUUGGAUUGAGGAAGUUCGGCGUUACAGAGCGAUUGAAAUGUAAAGGAAAUGUUUCCUCAAUCGGAAAUUACCUUUACAUUUCUAGUGCGCAUUCUGUAAGGCUUCAGCGAUCCCGAUUAAAUGGAGCCCUAAGAGCUCAUUCUGUAAGGCUUCAGCGAUACAGAUUAAAUAGAGCCCUAAGAGCUCAUUCUGUAAGGCUUCAGCGAUACAGAUUAAAUAGAGCCCUAAGAGCUCAUUCUGUAAGGCUUCAGCGAUCCAGAUUAAAUAGAGCCCUAAGAGCUCAUUCUGUCUGAUAUCAGAGAAGGUGUUAACUACUGUGCAUUCUUAUAGAUGAUUUAGAAAGGUUUUGAUCCAUCCAUAUUUUAAGUUUGAUUUGUUCUGGAUAUGAACACAAUGUUAAGGUUAUUUGUUCUGGAUAUGAACACAAUGUUAAGUUUGAUUUGUUCUGGAUAUGAACACAAUGUUAAGGUUGAUUUGUUCUGGAUAUGAACACAAUGUUAAGUUUGAUUUGUUCUGGAUAUGAACACAAUGUUAAGGUUGAUUUGUUCUGGAUAUGAACACAAUGUUAAGGUUGAUUUGUUCUGGAUAUGAACACAAUGUUAAGUUUGAUUUGUUCUGGAUAUGAACACAAUGUUAAGGUUGAUUUGUUCUGGAUAUGAACACAAUGUUAAGUUUGAUUUGUUCUGGAUAUGAACACAAUGUUAAGGUUGAUUUGUUCUGGAUAUGAACACAAUGUUAAGGUUGAUUUGUUCUGGAUAUGAACACAAUGUUAAGUUUGAUUUGUUCUGGAUAUGAACACAAUGUUAAGUUUGAUUUGUUCUGGAUAUGAACACAAUGUUAAGGUUGAUUUGUUCUGGAUAUGAACACAAUGUUAAGUUUGAUUUGUUCUGGAUAUGAACACAAUGUUAAGUUUGAUUUGUUCUGGAUAUGAACACAAUGUUAAAGUUGAUUUGUUCUGGAUAUGAACACAAUGUUAAGGUUGAUUUGUUCUGGAUAUGAACACAAUGUUAAGUUUGAUUUGUUCUGGAUAUGAACACAAUGUUAAGUUUGAUUUGUUCUGGAUACGAACACAAUGUUAAGGUUGUUUUUUUCUUCAUUUGGAGGGAGAUGAAUAUUUCUGUAUAUUUAGUAUGUUCAUGGCUAUGUUGUCCAGUGCCCAUGUCAACAUGACCGCAAAGUUUGUGUGUGUAAUAGAUGUGAAAUGUUUUGACCACUGUUUUUGGAUCUUUUGUUUUGCUUGUGUUUGCCUCUCAACCUCUAAGCUCUUUGUGUGGAGUUACUUCAAACAAGAGAAAAACUGUGUUUUUUUAAUUCACAAAUCGACCAGCUUUUUGUUUGAAAGCUAUUGCAAUCAGAAAUAUAUUGGAAAAGAUU